AUGCGGCCGGGGCUGGGCGCGGGCAGGCGGCAUGGCCCCCCCGCCUAAGGGCCCCCCCGCCCGCAAGCUGCUCUGCAUGUGCAGCCUCUCGCUCUGCCUCACCUACGCCUGCUACAGCCUCAUGGGCGGCCCCGGCACCCUCCGCUCCCCGCUGGCCGCCCAGGGCUCCCCCAGCCCCGCCGCGCCGCCGGCCAGCCCCGCCGCCCCGCGCCGCCCCGCGCAGCCCCAAACCUCGCAGCCGCCGCCGCCGCCGCCGCUGCCGGGCUCCACAGCAGCAGCGGCAGCAGCAGAAGCGGUGCAGGCGGCGGUUCGGAGCAGCGCCGCCGCCGCGCAGGUAGCCGCCAUCAGCGCCGCCGCCACCGCCACCGUCCCCGGGCGACCUGCCGAAAGCCCCGGCGGCGGCGGCGGCGACGCCAGCACCCCAGCCGCCGCCCAGCUGGCGGACGCCACGGCCACGCCGGCCUGCGGGGAGAAGCGGCUGCCGCAGGCGCUGAUCAUCGGGGUGAAGAAGGGGGGCACCCGCGCCCUGCUGGAGGCGCUCCGGGCGCAUCCCGACGUCCGCGCCGUGGGCACCGAGCCGCACUUCUUCGACCGCAACUACGGACACGGCCUCGACUGGUACAGGGAGCUGAUGCCCCGGACGCUGGAAGGCCAGCUCACCAUGGAGAAAACGCCCAGCUACUUCGUCACCGGCGAGGCGCCCGGGCGGAUCCACGCCAUGGCCAAGGACACCAAGCUGAUCGUGGUGGUGCGCGACCCGGUGACCAGGGCCGUCUCCGACUACACGCAGACGCUCUCCAAGAAGCCCGAGAUCCCGGCCUUCGAGGCGCUGGCCUUCAAGAACCGGAGCCUGGGCCUGAUCGACGCCUCCUGGAGCGCCAUCCGCAUCGGCCUCUACGCGCUGCACCUGGAGAGCUGGCUCCAGGACUUCCCGCUGGCCCAGAUGCUCUUCGUCAGCGGGGAGCGGCUCAUCUCGGACCCCGCGGGGGAGCUGGCCAAGGCGCAGGCCUUCCUGGGCCUGCGGAGGGUGGUGACGGAGAAGUAUUUCCACUUCAACCAGACCAAGGGCUUCCCUUGCCUGAAGAAGCCCGAGGAGAGCGGCGCCCCGCGGUGCCUGGGCAAGUCCAAGGGCCGGACCCACCCCGUCAUCGACCGGGACGUAAUUCAGAGGCUGCGCAAGUUUUAUAAACCGUUUAAUGUCAUGUUUUACCAAAUGACCGGCCAGGAUUUCCAGUGGGAGCAGCAACAGGGAGGGCUCUGACGCAGCCGCGGCAGACAGAGCGGUUGUUUUUUUUCCUCCGGAGAUCCAUCUUUAGUGACAAGAGCCUGACCUGACUUCCGAGGGCCAACUGCCUCCUCCCCCCCAGCAUUGGGGAUGAGCGCUCAGCGGACUGACGAGGCAGCCGAAGCUUCAGGGGAUUCCUUUGGCCCCUGAUUCCUCUGAGACCAGGAGGAUGCCCCGAGAGCCCCCGCUUUGCCCUGGAGACACCUCUGCUGUCCUGAGAGAAGGGGGGGGGGCUGGGUGUCCUUGCUCCCCAGCUGGGGAAGAAGAGCCAUUUCACACGUCCUGCACCCUGCGCCGUGUCUUCAGAUGUUUAUUUUUGCUAUGGUUGAGCCACUGAGCAGACGGAGGAGGUCGCCCUGUUCUUGGGGAGCCCCUUCUGGAAAGUGGCAUCCCGGUGGGGGAGGCUGCCUGGGUGUUUAAUGGUUGGUGUGUCGCUUCCCAACAGAGGAGGGGGCGAUUCCGCUGUAUGAAACGCUGCCAGUUUCCUGUUUUCUGGACGGCUGGUGCGUUUCCUCUGCCAGCCUCGCCUUUUGCUGUGCAAGAAGACCGUCUGUCUUCUGAGGAAGCCACUAGCUCAGGAAGCAUUUUUUUUUUCUUUCUGUUUUGUCUUCCCUGUUUAAAUGUCAGCCUCCCUGGCACAGAGAGAUCGAAUUUUGUAUUUGAUUUCAAUUAGCAAGGCAUAAAUUAUACUUAAUUUUCUACUCCCAGAGACGGGAUGCGUCACAGUUCAGCCAUUGACAAUGGAAGGAUUCAUUGCCUGGAAGCAAAAUUGCCUCUCUGCCACCUUCUCCCCUCCCCUGUCUUCCUCUGAGUCUCCACCAUCUACCUGAACGAUGCAGACAUUGCGAAGUCUCCACCUGGAGCUAAACUCACCCCAUAAUAAAAUCUUGCAACAGCA